UAAAUAAUUCGUGAGGCUGGUGUCACAUUGUAAAAAAGGGCCACUACUCAUUGAAAGCGCUUUGAGUCGGAUCGCCGAGUUGGGACGGGAGAUUUUCCGCUACACUUUCCCGUUCUUCGUACAACUGCACAAUCGAUCCAUAGAGCAAUCAUGGAGACGAAUAGUCAAUCCCCGGAGUUUGAUUUGCUGUUCAAGUUGCUGAUGAUCGGAGACUCCGGCGUCGGGAAGAGCACUCUUCUCCUAAGCUUCACGUCUGAAAGCUUCGAGGAUCUAUCCCCCACCAUUGGUGUUGAUUUUAAGGUGAAAUAUGUCAAUAUGGGAGGGAAGAAGAUAAAGCUUGCAAUCUGGGAUACAGCUGGUCAAGAAAGAUUCAGAACACUUACAAGCUCGUAUUACAGAGGAGCACAAGGGAUUAUCAUGGUUUAUGAUGUAACACGACGAGAAACAUUUACCAAUCUUUCUGAGAUUUGGGCUAAAGAGAUUGACCUUUACUCCACAAAUCAAGAUUGUAUCAAAAUGCUUGUUGGAAACAAAGUUGACAAAGAAGGUGAAAGGGCUGUAACGAAAAAGGAAGGAAUAAACUUUGCUAGGGAAUAUGGAUGCCUCUUUAUAGAAUGCAGUGCAAAAACACGAGUGAAUGUGCAGCAAUGCUUCGAGGAGCUUAUCUUGAAGAUUCUUGAUACACCAGUCCUCUUGGCUGAAGCCUCCAAGGCUAUCAAAAAGAACAUUUUCAAGGAAAAGCCACCACAGCCUAUUGAUUCAUCAAGCAAUUGUUGCUGAUUGUUUUUGGCUCCCAAUCAAAUUUCUUACAUUUUUUUUCGGGUUAAUGUAUUUAUUCUGCUCUGUUCUCACCUCACCAUUAGAAGAUCUAUCAUUACAUUUUAUGCUCAAUAUUUUGUAAAUUCCGAUAUAGCUGGCAUAUACAUAAAAUGCACAGGCCAAUUCUUUUAGUAGCAUUUCUGGCUUGUUGUCUCC